AUGGAAGAGGUGACGAAUCUCAAAAUUGGCCUCCUCGUCGCGAUGGGCGUUUUUGCGACCAUUUUUGGAUUUUUACCGAUUAGGCUACGAAGCCUCAAAGCUCUAUCAUCGGACAAAUCGUAUCCUCUAUCAUUGAUUACGUGUUUUGCCGGUGGAGUGUUCUUGGCCGUGUGCAUUCUUGAUAUAUUGCCCGAAGCAUUUGAGAUGCUCGAAGAAAUUGAAUCGAAAAACGUGACAAAUUCAAGUAUCCCCUGGGUGGGAAUGCUCACUGGAUUGGGAUUCUUUUUGGUUCAUUUCAUUGAAAUAAUCACCGACCAUUGCUGUGCCCAUUCACACCAACCAAGCGAGGAGAAGCUGACAAAGGUGCUCCCACGAAUUUCCUCUGGCUUGGAUUUGGACUCAGAUAGAGAGACGUCGAAAAAUAGUGAGGAAAUCAGCUUUCAGACGACGAAAAGCAAGGAUUUAAAUGCCCUAUCGAAGUGUUUAUCAUUGGUAUUCGCUCUCUCGAUUCACAGUGCUUUGGAAGGUUUUGCUUUCGGAAUACAAAUGGAAAUGAAAUCGACGAUAGCGCUAUUUUUUGGAAUAAUGAUACAUAAAGCGGCUGUUUUUUUCUCGACAGGUGUUCGCUUGUCUACCUCAAAUCUGAGCCCAGCUUUGCCCAUUAUUUUCGUCUUUUUCCUUUCUGCAAUGGCUCCUUUUGGUGGUUUUGUGGGAUUGCUUAUUGAGGGUGUUGAAAUUCCGGCAAAGGACAAGAUCAUGUUCUUCUUGAAUUGUUUAUCGUUAGGCACAUUCUUGCAGAUUACUUUUUAUGAACUACUCGUCCCGGAAAGUCAAAAGGGUUUCUCGAAAAUCGGCCAAUUCGCCGCCACACUUGUCGAAGUUGCCGGUGAUAAGAUUACGGUGGCCGGGCGAAUCUUUUGCAAUAGCAGCUAUGUCACCGGGGAUGCGUACAUUGAGCUGAAUGAUUUUGAUGGAAUUCUGGAGCCAGAUUUUAUCGGUGAGACGAUCGUUCAACUAGAAAAUGAGCCGAACAAGCGGAAAGUCUUUCGAAUUUCCGGAGAGGCUUCAGAUGGUUCUAUAAAUCCUCGGCUUGAGCCCUAUUUGCGAAUUUUUCACGGAUGUGGUGUGAACUUUCGCACCGAAUGCCUUCAACUGAUCCCCGAGGAGGCUCCCUCGGAAGAUUACUUUUAUUACAUGGGCGAUAUCAUUUUGAAUGGUGACGAAGAGGUAAAGGUCUGGGAAUCGUGCCAACCGAAAUAUUGCCGCCCGAUGACGAAAUGGCAACUUCAUUUUGAUCAAGAAAACCUGGAUCUCCGAAUAGAUGUUUCGUUAAGGACGGCGAACGGACAGCAAACGAUUCACGAAAUGUCGACCACAAAUGGAUUGGCUGAUUGGAUAGCUCCACUUCUCGCACAAAGAGAUACAAGUGAAACGAAAAGCGGAAAUCGACGUUGUCGUCCCGUGAUGGUUGUGCCGGCUUCUCGGCCCUUUCGAAUGAUCCCUCCACCGAUGUUACCUUUUUCAAUUCGUGCUCAUCACCAAUCAGCUCCUCGACAAGCACCACAUCCAGCAACACCGUAUCUUCCGCCAAACCAGUCAUCGAUGCAUCGAGUGCUCAAUCAACAACAGCACCCACCUGGCCUACAUCCUACACUCAUCGGUCACUCGCUUGAGCACCAGAAAAUUCCCGGCGUCAAGUGGAUACAUUCUGUUGGAAAGACUCGUCGAAUGUACGUAUCAGCUGGCGUUUCAACAUUUGCGGAAGUGAUGCGUCCAUGGGUGGAGAAGCACUGCUCUCACACGUUUACCUCCUUUUCCGAAGUGGUUUCUCGAGCAUUGCCUUUCUGGGACACACUGACUAGAGUCGAACGCGAGGCUUGGCAAGAGCGUGCUGUUAAAGAGGGAAAACAAGACCAUUGUAUUUAUAUGAGAAGUCCAAACUGGGAACAACAAGCCAAUCAACAUAAGCAUCGUCGUCACGAGGAACAUGAUGAAUUGGAUGAAAAUGACAGUGAUCCCGAUGAAUUGCCUGGACCGCUCGUCGAGGGCCAAGAACAUGGCACACAACAUUCGACUAUGAAGAUCUUGCGGAAUGAGAAAAGCGAAGUUUAUUCAAACGACGUCCGCCAGUGCCCAAUUCGUAUCUCUGCAACUUCUCACCUUUUUGCGUCAAAUGGUGCACGUAUUUCUUCAAAUUCAAGCAGCAAAGCCGACAACUCUUCAUCGACGAUAAAGGCAAAUAAAGCUUCAACGGCGCUUGUGUGGGAGCGUGGUCAUGUCUCUACCCACCCGCAUGCUCAAAAUUACCGCCAUCCAAUGCACUAUCCACAUCAGCAUACUCAUCCUCAUCAUUAUCAUCAUCAACACAAUCGAGGUGGAUCAACGACAAUGCAGCGGAUCGGUUGGAGCACCGAGAAGCGUAAGCCACAACCGUUCGAAGGACGCAAUUGGAUCAUGGGUCGUUACACUUCGUCUACGCGUACCGGU